AUGGCCCGCGUUGCCCGUUACCUGUUGCUGUUGUUGGCAGCUCUCGUAGCGGCAGCACCUCCCAGUAUCCCGUGGAACGAUGAUGGCCAACAACAAGUGAUCGACGGGCCAUCGACCUUGAAGUCGCAACCUGCACCUCGGAGGCUGCGCGGGAGGUUUCUGCACAUCACUGACCUCCAUCCCGAUCCUUUCUACAAACCUCAUUCCGAUCCUGAAGAGCAAUGCCAUUACGGUCAUGGCAGCGCCGCAUAUUACGGAGCAGAAACAACAGACUGUGAUACACCCAUUAGCCUGGUCAAUGCCACCUUCAAGUGGAUCGAGGCAAACCUCAAGGACGAGAUUGAUUUUGUCGUCUGGACCGGCGACUCGGCCCGCCAUGACAACGAUGACCGCCUUCCCCGGUCAGACAAGCAGGUGCUCAAGCUCAAUCGAUAUGUUGUAAACAAGUUCGUCGAGACUUUUGGCAAGCCGGACAACAUACACGACCCGGACCCGACCAACGACUUUGUCGUCCCCAUCGUGCCUACUUUUGGCAAUAACGAUAUUCUCCCCCACAAUAUCUUCACCGCCGGGCCCAACAAGUGGACGCGGACCUACCUGGAUGUCUGGGAGCCGUUUAUCCCACAGGCACAGCGCCAUUCAUUUGCAAGAGGUGGCUGGUUCUUCACUGAAGUUAUCCCUGAUAGACUGGCAGUAUUUAGCCUCAACACUCUAUACUUCUUCGACUCGAACUCGGCAGUCGAUGGCUGCGACUUGAAGUCAGAGCCAGGCUACGAGCACAUGGAAUGGCUCCGAAUCCAACUGCAAUUCCUCCGCGACAGAGGCAUGAAAGCCAUUCUCAUCGGUCAUGUCCCACCAGCCAGGACUGAAAGCAAACAGAACUGGGAUGAAAGCUGUUACCAAAAGUUCACCUUGUGGAUGAGACAAUAUCGAGAUGUGAUCAUCACCUCGAUCUUUGGACACAUGAACAUCGAUCAUUUUAUGUUUCAGGACGUCAAAGAACUGCAUUACAAGUUCAAGAUUGAAGGCAUCGACGACGGACCCAAUAAGAUCCAGCGCUUCAAGUCGCAACCAGACAACACCUUCUCCCUCGCCGCAAAGGCACAAUACUUGAAUGAACUGAGGUCAGGCUGGUCAGCAUUACCCACACCACCAGCUGGACAUUCAUAUCUGUGUAUGGAUGGCGAGGAAGUAUCCAACAACACUGUCGAUACCCGAAAGAAGGAUGAGGAGAAGGAACUCGCGAAGUUUCUCAAGGCCAUCGGUGGACCUUGGGCGGAGAGAUAUAGCUUGACACUGGUGUCUCCGAGCGUCGUUCCCAACUUCUUUCCCACUCUUCGAGUGGUGGAGUACAACAUCACAGGGAUGGAAAAUGACCACCCAGCCCAAGGCGCGAUUGGAAAACCUGCGGUCGAACACCAUGUCGAUGGCUCGGCGGAUCGGGAAGAGGUCUCUGAGUUGACAAAGGAAGAUGAGUCUGACAACGAUGUCGACACAAAUAACGAUAUCCACGAUCUUAAGAAGAAAAAGAAAGGUAAAAAGAGGAAGAAGAAGCCGAAGAAACCCAACUUUCCGGUGCCCAAACCACCAUCCAGUUCAUCUCCUCCUGGUCCGGCUUAUUCUCCACAGCCGCUGUCUCUGGUAUCGUUGACGCAAUAUUACGCCAAUCUGACUCGAAUUCACGAGCAGAUGCACCAGGACAAGUCGUCCAACAAAGAUCCUUACAAACACUUUGCAUACUUUACCGAGUACACAACAAAGAACGACAGCGCCUAUCAAAUACAAGACUUGACCGUGCGAUCGAUGCUGGAUCUGGCCGAGAGAAUGGGACGAGACAGCCUGAAGCUGAGUGAUGAAGACCUCGAGGAUGUGGAGAGAGAUGUUGAUUUGUCCAAGAAAAAGGGUGACAAGCACAAGACAUCAACUCGCAAGAACCAUCUAUGGAAGGUGUUUAUCAAACGGGCUUUUGUGCACACGAAGCCUGACGAUGAGAUCGACCAGCGGUUUGGCUAA